GGCACAUCGGGCUGGACUCCCGGGCAGAGGCACAUCGGGCUGGACUCCGGGCAGAGGCACAUCGGGCAGGACUCCGGGCAGAGGCACAUCGGGCAGGACUCCGGGCAGAGGCACAUCGGGCUGGACUCCAGGCAGAGGCACAUCGGGCUGGACUCCGGGCAGAGGCACAUCGGGCUACCAGGCGAAGCAGCAGGCAGUGGGCCACCGGGCGGAGCAGCAGGCACCGGGCCCCGGGCGGGGCGACAGGCACCGGGCCCCCAGGCGGGGCGACAGGCCUCGGGCCCCCAGGCGGGGCGACAGGCCUCGGGCCCGCAGGCGGGGCGACAGGCCUCGGGCCCCCAGGCGGGGCGGCAGGCAUCGGGCCCCCAGGCGGGGCGACAGGCAUCGGGCCCCCAGGCGGAGCGGCGGGCGCCUGACCCCCAGGCGGAACUACAGGUCUCGGGCCCUCAGGCGGAGCGGCGGGCGCCGGACCCCCAGAUGGGAGCGACAGGUCUCGGGCCCUCAGGCGGAGCGGCGGGUGCCGGACCCCCAGAAUGGAGCGACAGGCCUCGGGCCCCCAGGCGGGGCGACAGGCAUCGGACCCCCAGGCGGGGUGACAGGCAUCGGACCGCCAGGCGGGGCGGCGGGCGCCGGACCCCCAGGCGGAGCUACAGGUCUCGGGCCCUCAGGCGGAGCGGCGGGCGCCGGACCCCCAGGCGGAGCUACAGGUCUCGGGCCCUCAGGCGGAGCGGCGGGGGCGCCGGACCC